AGAAUCUGUGGCGCAAGUGCAGUCCGAAGAUUCCUGCCAUAGCCAGACCUCCAGCCACUGUGAGCAGAGACAAGUUCAGAAUCACCGAACACGUUCAGCAGCAACAACUCCGACACGCUCGGCGCAGAAACAUGGGCAGGUCUCUCGUCUUCUCCCCCAACAUUCCUCUCAAGUUCUCUCGAAGACUCAACUCGGUUUCGCCCCUCAAUCACCAGCUUUGCCAGUCGUUCCUCCCCAGGACCCGUCAAAUUUCUCUCGGUGGGUUCUUGAAAUUUCCAUCCUUUAACGCAAGCCAAGGGAGGACCACCUUUGGACCCAAAAAAAAAAAAAAAGGGAGGACCACCCUCCGUGUGACAGCUGUUGUGUCUUCCGACACUUCGUACCCGAAAGUGGGUGCCGCAUCGACUGGGCCAAUCCCUCCUGGUCAACUCAUUGAAGUCGUCGAGACUGCCGCAAAGACCGGUGCUCAGGUCAUUAUGGAUGCUGUUAAUAAGCCCAGGAAUAUUUUCUACAAAGGACUAACUGAUUUGGUGACCGAAACAGACAAAAUGAGUGAGGCUGCAAUUUUAGAUGUUGUGAGGAAGAAUUUUCCAGAUCAUCUAAUUCUUGGGGAGGAAGGAGGAAUAAUAGGAGAUUCAUCGUCUGAUUAUCUUUGGUGCAUUGAUCCAUUAGAUGGGACGACAAACUUCGCCCAUGGUUACCCUAGCUUUGCAGUUUCUGUUGGAGUUCUCUUCCGAGGAAAUCCUGCUGCUGCAGCAGUGGUGGAGUUCGUCGGAGGCCCUAUGUGCUGGAAUACCCGCACGUUUUCUGCCACAGCAGGUGGAGGAGCAUUCUGCAAUGGGCAAAAAAUUCAGGCAAGCAAAACGGAUCUGGUGGAGCAAUCUCUUCUAGUGACUGGAUUUGGUUAUGAACAUGAUGAUCCAUGGGCUACCAACAUGGAGUUAUUUAAAGAAUUUACUGAUAUUAGCCGGGGAGUAAGAAGGCUCGGAGCAGCUGCCGUUGACAUGUGCCAUGUAGCUCUUGGAGUAGUUGAAGCAUACUGGGAGUACCGUCUGAAGCCAUGGGACAUGGCUGCAGGUGUUUUGAUAGUUGAAGAAGCAGGUGGGGCUGUUUCUUGCAUGGAUGGUGGAAAGUUUUGUGUUUUCGAUAGGUCUGUUUUGGUAUCAAAUGGUGCUCUGCAUGGCAAGCUUCUGGACAGAAUCGCGCCUGCUACGGAGAAACUGAAGGCCAAAGGAAUUGACUUUUCAUUGUGGUACAAGCCUGAUAAUUAUCAGACUGACUUGUGAACUGCCGAGCGGUUGGUCAUCUGAUGUAUUGAGGAAUGAUAAAGCCUUACUGCCCC